GGAGUUUCCAGUGUGGGCGGAGCUGCAGGAGCCGGUCUGUAGCAGGAAGUUUCCGUGUUUCUCUCAGCUGUAAACAUGUGAACUGGUCUUUAUAAAGCAGCAGGACUCAGAUUCUGGACUCAGGACUCAGACCUGAGUCAGUGUGUGUGUGUGUGUGUGUGUGGUACCUGUGCGUGAUGACUGAGGCCGUCCUGCUGGACCUGGUCCACGGCUCCGGGUCCGGGUCCCUGCUGGAGCUGGAGGACCGGCAUGUGUUCCUGCUGUGCGGGUCUCGGUCCCGGGACGGAACCGGCUCCUCUGACGCGUAUCUGAGCGCGUGCAGGAGCGUGCACGUGCUGGACUCAGACUCCCUGGCGGAGUGUGUGUACCGACUGAAGCGGACCGUGGACCAGCUCGACCUGAGCUCGGUGCGGGUCCUGACCAGCCCGCGGGGCCGGGACGUGCUGCUCCGGUACCAGGAGCGGCUCUUCACGGCGGUGUACACCUUCAGAUACGUCACCUGGCCCGGCGGCACAGGCCCCGCCCCCUCGGUCUCACCUGGAGGAGGAGAAGAAGAAGGAGACAUCUGCAGGUUCCUGCAGCAGCUUCCGGCCCUGAGGGGGGACAUCUCAGUCCUGACGUCAUCUCUGAUCCCAGCCUGUUUCGGUCACGGCUUCAGCACCCGUGCAGGCGGCGUGUCCUGCAUCCCGACCCUGUCCUCCCUCAACCUGUUCAGCAGCAGUCGGAGGCGGGACCCUGUUGCCGUGGUGAUGGAGAACCGGCGGCGGCUGGCGCUGCACGCCGGCUUCCACCCGCGGCCGCUCCGCCUCGUCAAGGUGAACCACGCCAGUGAUGUUUGGGUUUUAGGUAAAGCCGAGCCGGAGAGUUACGACGCCAUGGUGACCAACCAGAGGGGCGUGGUGCUGGCGGCGCCGGGGGCCGACUGCAUGCCCAUCCUGUUCGCCGACCCGGUUUCAAAAGUCAUCGGCGUCGCCCACUCAGGCUGGAAGGGGACCCUGAUGGGCGUGGCCAUGGCGGUGGUGGGUGCUAUGGUGACGGAGUUCGGCUGCAGGGUGGAGGACAUCGUGGUGGCGGUGGGGCCCUCGGUGGGGCCGUGCUGCUUCACGCUGGAGAGGGAGGCGGCGCUCGGCUUCCACCGCCUGCAGCCCGCCUGCGUCCCCGACCCCGAGGCCGCCAAGCCGCACGUCAACAUCCGCCUCGCCAACAGAGUCCUGCUGCAGCGAGGCGGCGUGCUGCCUGAACACAUCCACGACGACACGCUGACGGAGCACCGCAGCGUCACGCCGUGCACUUCCUGUCACCCCGAACUCUUCUUCUCUCACGUCAGAGACGGACUGAACUUCGGCACGCAGGUCGGCUUCCUGUGGCUCCCAGAGAGCCAAUAAUGGACCCCGUCAAAAUAAAACACUUUUACAUUUACUCAGAGUUCCAGCUGAGUGGCUUUUAUUUUGAAGGACUAAUGAAGAUCAGCAGCUGUUAACGAGGUGUUCAGGAGCCGCAGGAGGCGUGGGAAACACGGGAACUCUCUCUGCCCCGAUCACUGACACAGAUUUUUAUUAUUUUCAAUCAACAGACAUUUAUAAAGUCUGAGCUCCGUUUACUUAUUAAAUGUUUGAACAACCUAAAGAACAAAGAUACAAACUGCUGCAUGUUUUUACAGUAAAUUAAAGUUUAGGAGAAAUCUACAGACAGAAACAGACAAAGUGUUCUACAAUAAUAAAUUAUUAAAAUAAAUAAAUCAUAUAAAAACAUAAAAUGAAAAAACACUGUUUCCUGCUCCAAGUCGGGUUUUAAACAAUUUAAUUGGCUGAAUUUUCUAAUCUUUUCUCUCGUUAAUGCACAAAAAAGUAAAUCUGUUUUUGUUUGACUUGAACUUUCACAAGUUCACAGUUUGUUUUUAUAGAAAAUGUUCAAACAUAUAAAGAUGUUCUAAGUCUCACAGAAUAGUUUAAAGAAUC